AUGGCGCACGAUCCCAGCCUAGUAGGGUACGCCGACUACUUCGCGGAGACGGGGAGCAACGGGGGCGGCGUCACGCUCGUGCCGGAGGUGGACACCCGCGCGGAGCAUCAGAUGUAUGGCGGCGGAUUGCACCAUCAUCACCACUCCGGGGUGAACAUGUUCGGGGCCAGGGGCUUCGGCAUGGCGCCGCCCGGCGAGGCGACGUCCGCGCAGAGCAAGGCCGCGCUCGACUUCGACGUCGACGGCUCGUCUACCAUCAGCUUCUUCCGCGGCGAGCAGCACCACCACCAGCACCAGCAGCUGCAGAUGGGCCAGGCCCCGUUGUCGCUGUCGCUCCACGGGCCGCCGGACGCCGGGUCGUCGUCGUUCAUGCUGCACCACCAGCUCGGCGGCGGCGAGCCCCGGCUGCAGCAGCACCAGCAGACGGCGCCGGGGGCAUGGCAGGUGCAAGGCGCCGGCAGCGGCUGGCAGCUGCGCGGGUCCCGGUUCCUGCUGCCGACGCAGCAGCUCCUGCAGGAGUUCUGCAGCAUCCCCGCCGACACCGACAACAAGGCGCCCAAGAAGCCGGCGCAAGAAGAGCACGGCUCGUCGUCCUCCGCCUCCUGGCCGCCGUCGUCGACGCAGAUCCAGAGCAUGGACGCCGCCGAGCUGCAGAGGCUCAAGGCCAAGCUCUACACCAUGAUCGAAGAGGUGGACAGGAGGUACAGGAGGUACCGCGAUCAGAUGCGGGCGGUGGCGGCGUCCUUCGAGGCGGUGGCGGGGCAGCGGGCCGCGGCGGUGUACACGAGGAUGGCGUCGCGGACCAUCUCCAGGCACUUCCGGAGCGUGAGGGACGGGGUGGCCGCGCAGGUCCGGGCGGUGCGCGGGGCGCUGGGGGAGAAGGACGCGGGCGCCGCCGUGCCGGGGAUGACCAAGGGGGAGACGCCCAGGCUGCGGGCGCUGGACCAGUGCCUCAGGCAGCACAAGGCGUACCAGUCCGGCAUGCUCGAGAGCCACCCGUGGCGGCCGCAGCGCGGCCUGCCGGAGCGCGCCGUCUCCGUCCUCCGGGCCUGGCUCUUCGAGCACUUCCUGCACCCGUACCCGAGCGACGUGGAUAAGCACAUCCUGGCGCGGCAGACGGGCCUAUCGCGGAGCCAGGUCUCGAACUGGUUCAUCAACGCGAGGGUGCGGCUGUGGAAGCCGAUGGUGGAGGAGAUGUACGCGGAGGAGAUGAAGGACAAGGAGGAGGGCAGCGGCGGCGACGGUGGUGGCCAGUCGGCGCAGCAGGCCGGCGACCUGGCGAACCAUAACCCAGCGGACGGGAGCUACGCCUCCGAGGGGCGCGGCGAGCAGAAGCCGACCCGGGCGCAGCUGCACCAGCUGCACGACGCCGGCUCGCUGGCCUCCGUCGUGAGCAUCGGCCAGAGCACCGACCCGCAGGGCCUCAACUUCGGCAUGAUGGACCAGCUCGACUUCGACGCCUACGAGGCGGCCACGGCCGGGUUCGGCAACGGCGUGUCGCUGACGCUGGGGCUUCAGCACCAGCAGCAGCAGCAGCAGCACCACGGUGGCGUGAACGUUGCCGCGUUCGCCGCCGCAUCCCCGUCGUCGUCGUCCGCGGCGCAUGGCGGCGCCGCCGAGUUCCUGUUCAUGGCUGGUGAGGGCGUGCACCCGUCUGCUAACGGACAGUUCGGGGCGGGCAUGGGAUCAGGCGCCGACGUCGCGUCGCAGUACCACCGGGGGCUGGGCGGGUUCCACCUCCUCCGCGACCUCGCCGGGUGA